AUGGAUAUUACAAUAGAACAUAAAAUUUUUCAAUAUUUGGAUGUGCUAAAAAACUUUCUUAUAUGCAAUAAUAUUAUAAGCUCCUCUAUUUCCUGUUUAAGAUGUGGCAAUUUGUCUAGGUUGUUGCCAAUUUCUGCAAGCGGCAGAAGUAUAGGUUAUAGAUGCACAAAGAAAGGAUGCCAAAAACGCCUUCCUUUGUUUCAUUCUACUCUGCCCUUAACAAAAGUAGCAAGACUAUUGUAUUGCUUAAUAUGUGACUGA